AUGAAAGAGUUUGAACAAGGAAGUCCAUUAGAAACUUUUUAUUCUAAAGAAAUAGAAUCUAGUCAGAAUGACUGGGAACUUGCAGGACAUCUUGCAAACUAUUGUGUCCCUUAUCUCAAACAAGAGUUGAUUAAAACUAUAGAAGAAGAAAUUAUUGAAAAUAAAGGUGGAGAAAAAUGGGAGGAAAUGAAAACAACAAUUUCACAAAUGAAAAUGAGUGAAAAAGUUGAUAUUUGUCAGGCAAUUUAUAGCAGGAUUGAAGGGAUGAUGGGAUUAGAAGAUAAGAGAUGGCUUAAUUCAAAACAAAGAAUGGUUGUUAAUGAGGGAAUUAAUGGGUAUGUCAUUGGAAUGAUGUGUUCAAAAAUAAAAGAAAAUCAACUUAUCAGUGAACAAGAUAUCAUAUCAUUAAGCAAAGUAGUAGGAAUGAAAGAGAUUGAAACUCUCAUUUCCAUCUUAAUUCGAAAAAGAAGUACAACAAUUAAUAUCAGUAAGUUAAUUGAAUCAACUAUGUUAAUGGAAAAUAAUAUUGGAAAGAGAUUAAGACAACUAGCUAUUGAAUGGUUAAACUCAGAGAAAAGAUGGGAUGAUAUUGAAAAUUUUAUUUAUCUUGGGAAUGAUUUAAUCUCCUCAAUCAAUAAGACUAAAACUAGAAAUGAUACUCUUCCAAAACCACCAACAAAUUUAGAUGAAUAUCAUCGUCAUAUCACUGAUCGUAUUGAAGAAAUAAAAAGUAUACGUAGUAGUGUUAUUGGAAAUAUUAAUUGGGAAGAGGUAGGUGAUGAUAAGAUAAAAGAGAUAUGGGAGAAUGAUAUGAAUGGAAUUAAAGAACUUAUCAAAGAACCAUAUGAUGGAAUUGAAGUGUUUGUAGAAAAGAAUAUUGUCAAUGUUGAUGACCCAACAAUAGUAAUGAUGUGUCUUUGGAUAAUGAUGCUCAAACAGAAAAAUAUUGGUUCUUCCAAUAUUCGAAAAAUUGAAGAAAAUGAAGUGAACAAUUCUCAUAAUGGUAUUAAGUGGGAUCAAAUUAAUGAAUUUAGUAUAAUUCUUGACCAUCUAAUAACUGUUGGAUCCUUUACAAUUAAAUGUACAACAUUAGAAGGAAUUGAACAAAUGUUUAAUUGGACAAAUAUGACAAGCACAAAA